AUGAGCUUCCAGGCCCCACGCAGACUCCUGGAGCUGGCAGGGCAGAGCCUGCUGAGGGACCAGGCCUUGGCCAUCUCCGUCCUGGAUGAGCUGCCCAGGGAGCUCUUCCCCCCACUGUUCAUGGAGGCCUUCACUAGCAGACACUGCGAGGUUCUGAAGGUGAUGGUGCAGGCCUGGCCCUUCCCCUGCCUCCCUCUGGGGUCCCUGAUGAAGACGCCUGAUCCGGAGAUCUUACAUUAUGUAGUGGAUGGGAUUGAUUGCCUGCUUUCCCAAAAGGUUCGCCCCAGGAGGUGGAAACUUCAAGUGCUGGAAUUGCGGGAUGUUGAUGAGAAUUUUUGGACCAUAUGGUCUGGAGCCAGGCCCGUGUCCUGCUCCCCAGAGGCCAUGAGUAAGAGGCAGACAGUGGAGGACUGUCCAAGGACAGGAGAGAAGCAGCCCUUGAAGGUGUUCAUGGAUGUUUGCCUCAAGGAAAAAUUCAUGGAUGAAGAUCUGAGCUUCUUCUCUGGGUGGGUCCAGCACAGAAGAGGUUCAGUACACCUGUGCUGUACUAAGGUGGUGAAUUAUUCAAUGAGCAUGCUAAAUUUCAGAAACAUAUUGGAAACAGUAUACCCAGACAGUAUCCAAGUGUUGGAAAUUUGGAACGUGUGCUGGCCGUGUAUGAUAGUAGAGUUUAGCCGUUACCUGAGCCAGAUGAGGAAUCUUCGCAAACUCUUCAUCUCCGAUGGCUGUCGUUACCUGCUAAGCUCUGACAGCCAAGAACAGUUAGUUGCUGAAUUCAGCUCUGUGCUCCUCAGGCUGGAGUACCUCCAGAUGCUUUAUAUAAGAAGGGUCUGCUUCUUCAGAGGCUACCUGGACCAGCUGAUCAGGUGCCUCAGGAGCCCGUUGGAGACAUUGGCAUUAACUUAUGGCUUCCUAGAAAAAGUGGACUUGAAAUGUCUGCCCCGGUACCCAAGUCUCAGUCAACUGAAGCAGCUGAAUCUGAGUCAUGGUGCACUGCGCUUCAUCCGUCUUGAGCCCCUCCGAGCUCUGCUAGAGAAAGUUGCUGCCACUCUUCAGACCCUCUUCUUAGUGGACUGUGGGAUUGGGGACUCCAAACUCAGGGUCAUCCUGCCUGCCCUGAGCCGCUGCUCCAACCUCACCACUUUCUGUUUUCACGGCAAUGACACGUCCAUGGAUGCUCUGAAGGACCUGCUGCGCCACACAGGCAGGCUGAGCAAUUUGAGCCUGGAAACAUAUCCUGCCCCUCGGGAGAGUCUUGACGACAGGGGUCGUGUCAUUUCGGAGCUCCUCACCCCACUUCAGGCUGAGCUGAUGGGUAUACUGAGGGAAGUAAGGGAGCCCAAAAGGAUCUUCUUUGCUCCGGUCUCCUGUCCUUGCUGUGGCACGUCGCCCACUGAGCAACUGGAGUUCAAUUUUUGCUUGUGGGGAAGGCCUGCCUAGUGGGGUGGAGGUAUAAAAAGCUUUUUC